GUGCAUAAAUGGGUGGAUGUGUAUGUACAUGACAUUAAAUCAUUGUAGUAAUUAAUAUUGCAACAUCCGUUUUUAUAAAAUAAUUUAAUUUAUUAUUUAUUUUUUUUUAAAGAAGGAAUAAAAGGUACUGCAGUAGUAGAGGAGAGGAGAAGCAAAAAUAGGUCUACGGAUUGAAUGUCUCCUCUUCAUCUCCAGCUUGUAGCUGUCACCUAAUGACCCUUUGCUCCUUGCUUCUUUUCUUGUUUCUAUUUAAAACUUGUUCAUGUGACUAAGCUGAGCUGAAGUAGAUUAAUCAUUCACACACCAACAGCUAGAAUAGAAUAGAAUUUCAUUUAUUAUCAUCCAUUUGCAUGCUUUUCUGAUAGGGUUAAGAUUGGCAGGGAGGGCCUAGAAUCUUUUUUCAAGGGGUUGAGUGAGCAGCAGUGAUUUUGAACUGCAGAUUUACUUCUGUUGAAGAAACCUUUAGCAGCAGCUGCCCCCAUGGAAUUGCUGAAACAAAACAUGGCUGCUGUGGCAUCCUCAUCGGUGUCGUUCUUUGGUAUAAGAGAUGAAGAUCAAAUCCAGAUGAAACAACAACUUCAACAACAUUUCUCCAUACCCACUUCUUCAACUACUCCUCCAACCACAGCACCACAAAAGAAAAGGAGAAAUCUCCCAGGAACACCAAAUCCAGACGCUGAGGUGAUUGCACUAUCUCCCAAGACCCUAAUGGCAACAAACCGGUUCAUUUGUGAGGUAUGCAACAAAGGUUUCCAAAGGGAGCAAAACCUACAGCUCCACAGAAGAGGACACAACCUGCCUUGGAAGCUAAAGCAGAAGAAUACAAAAGAGGUGGUGAAGAGGAAGGUGUAUCUGUGUCCCGAGCCCACAUGCGUCCACCAUGAUCCUUCAAGGGCUCUUGGUGAUCUUACCGGCAUCAAGAAGCACUACUUUAGAAAACACGGUGAGAAGAAGUACAAGUGUGAAAAGUGCUCAAAGAAAUAUGCAGUGCAAUCUGAUUGGAAAGCUCAUUCAAAGACAUGUGGUACCAGAGAAUACAGAUGCGACUGUGGUACUCUCUUCUCAAGGCGCGACAGUUUCAUUACACACAGAGCCUUCUGUGAUGCAUUAGCUCAGGAAACUGCAAGGCACCCAUCAAGCUUAAGCACCAUUGGCAGCCAUCUAUAUGGAAGUAACAACAUGAGCUUGGGUUUAUCUCAAGUGGGCUCCCAAGUUUCAUCAUUACAAAGUCACCACCACCACCCUUCUACCAACCUCUUAAGGUUUGGCACUGCUGACAGUGCAGCUGUGGGAGCGAAAUACGAACAAAUUAUCCCUCCAAAUCCCUCUUCCUUAAACCAUCCUUUGCAAUCAAUGCCUUCACAUGCAUUAUUCAUACCAGACUCAAACCAAGGCUAUCAAGAACAACAGCAACAACACCAGCAUGGUUUAGUGCCAAACAAAUCAUUUAUUGGUUUGAUGCAACUUCCUGAUCUUCAAACCAACACUAAUAACUCUUCUUCUGCAGCUGCCAAUCUCAUUAACCCUGGCUUCUUUUCUGGUAGUUGUACCACCACCACCAGUACCAUGAACAAUUUUAACAGUGCCACUGAGAACCACAACAACACCCAUCUCUUGUCCCCGGAUUUCUUAAUGCCUGAUCAUCAGUUCAAGAAUGGGAGUGGUGGUUCACUCUUUCAUGGCAACAACAUGAGUGACAGUGUUGGUAAUUCUGGUCUCUCUUCUCUCUAUAAUAACACUUCACCGCAACACGAAAGCCUCCCACCAGCUAUGUCUGCUACCGCAUUGCUUCAAAAAGCUGCCCAAAUGGGUUCAACUACAAGCACAAAUAAUGGUGCUUCUUUACUAAAAGGUUUAGCAAACUCUUCUUCAACAACUGGUGCUGAAUCUGAGAGACAACUUGUGUCCCUCAACUUCCGUGGCAACAAUAAAAGAGGGGGAAAUGAACACCGACUUCAAGGACUAAUGAAUUCUCUUGCCAAUGCCACUUCUUCUGCUCCAAUGUUUUGUAGUGGAAGUACUGAAGGAGACAACAGCUAUAUCAGAUUCGACGGAAGUGAAAAUACAUUUGAACAACAACAUAAUAGCGUGAAUUUUGGUCACAUGGACGAGUCUAAGUUGCACCAAAAUUUCACAUUAAGUAUUGGAGGGUCUAACAGAAUGACACUGGAUUUUCUGGGUCUCGGAGGAGGGAUGGUAAGAAACAUGGGUGGUGGUACUGGUGCUGGUGGGUUCUCACAGACAGAACAACAACAUGGUGUCGACAUAAGUUCUUUCGAUCCCAAAAUCAAUUCAGCACAAGCAAGCCAUGUAUUUGGUGCUCCCUAGACGCUGCGAAGAUGAGAGAGCCUGUAAAAGAGAAUAUGGAAAGUUUAAGUAAACUAGGAUGCUUGAGCAUGUACUGAAAUUAUUUAUUUUGUUAUAAAAAUGUACUAUAAUCUCAUCUGAUUUUUGUUGUAUUUUUUUUUCUAUAGAUUAAAUUUGCUUAAAUAUAAGGGAGUUAAUAGUUCAAUGACUAAAACUCGAUCUACAAAUCUUGAGAUUGUAGGUUCCAAUUUGUGCAAAUUAUGGUAAAUAUGUUAAUUA